UAGUGGUUCUUGCCGAGUUUUAGCAGCAUUGUAAUUAAGCCAUUAGGGAACUGUCUGUUAGAGUCUCUAACAAUGGUUGGCAAACUUUGUAUAUAAAAGGCCAGCUAGUAAGUAUCUUAGGCUUAGAGCAAAGGGACAAGUGAUAAGAGGUGACCUCUGAGCAGUGUGGAGGCACCUGACUGUAAAGACCUUGUAGGCCAUGGUGGGAGUUCUGGAUUUUCUUUUGUUCUUGGUCGAAAAGGGAUUCCAGGUGAUUUUAAUAAUGAAGAAGUAAAGCGCAUAGGCUCUGGAGUCGUACUGCACUACUUACUAUGAGACCUGGGAAUUGAAGAUUUACCAGUCCAACGGGACCAAGGAGUUUCGCAAAUAACCCUCCAGCAAGUUUAAAAAUAAUUAGGCCCAACUCGGAGAAAGCGGAGUCGCUCUGGUUGCACAAAAAAGAUGUCUAGCUGCUCCAGUGAAGUCGAUGUGAUAAGAACACGAAUCUCUACUUAUGAUGAUGAUAACACUGUUCUUUAUGCAUAUGAACCAAAUACUGCAUAUUUCAAUAAUCAGGGAAGUGUCGUGUCUAACACAUCCUGCAACGAAGAGCAACAAAAAACAAUUCUGAAUGUCCUUACUCACUGCCAGGUCAUCUAUGAUGCUAUUCAAAAACUGGAUAAGAAGCUUGAUGUCGUGCACGCAAAGGUUAGAAAAAUCAAGCAUUUUCGUGUGAAGUCAUGGUUGCACAGUCGUAAGCCACUCGGAUAUGCAUUUAAAGAUUAUAAUUACCUGCUUUCUAAAAAGAUCAGAUACCAGAAAAUGAGGAAGAAGCGGUGUCUCUGUCCAUCGCCUUACCCUAAAAGUUAUAGCCCCACUAUUCCAGUACAAAGGCCGGAAAAGGAUUCCCAGAGCAACCCUCUAGAAGCACCUUUUGGGUCCCCGGUGCCUCUGGAUCUGGAGCGAUCCCUUAGCCUGAGCCCGACGGUCCCCUCCACCUACCGCAGGCGUUCCUACGAGGAGUACUACUUGCCCCAGGACCCCACGCAGGGCUCCUCCAGUCCAGAGGCCCACAACGCCCGCAGUCUUUUCUUAGACACCCAGUCCACUGCGGUCGAGCCUGCAACCGUGCUGACCCACAGUGAACACAGUCCAGCACAUAGCCCUGACAUGAUGACCUACCCAGCUUUACUGGAAAACAGUAGAUUCAGCCGUGCUGGCUCACCUCUCUAUGUCCCGACCAGCUUCGGUCCAAGUUCACCAGUUGGAAGUGCCCCGGGUGUCCUCAAACAGAGCCUCCCUGAUGACCCUUCAACCUGGUCUGUGGAUGAAGUGAUCCUGUUUCUGAAAUACGUAGAUCCUCAGUUAUCAAGUGCCCUCGUCGACCUCUUCAUGCAACAUGACAUUGAUGGGAAAGCUCUGCUACUGCUCAAGAAUGACAUGAUGAUGAAGUACAUGGGGCUUAAGCUGGGGACAGCUCUGAAGCUGCACCACUACAUUGAAAUGCUUAAAGACAGAAAGAUACCUCAACAAUUUAAAAAGUGUGUAGAUUAGAUUGGACUUAAUUCUAGGGAGACCAAUGCCACCUUUUCUCUCUGCCCUUAGUUUUUGUUGUGUAGAAGGUUCCUCUAAAAUACAGUGUAUCCAAAAUCACAGAACCCUGGGACAGUCCAGGCUACUCCUUUAGAAGCCAUUUAACAUGUUAGCACUAGCAGAGUCAAACUGGUGCUUUGUUCUUUGUAUCUUUUCAUUAUUUUCCUUGCAUAGUUUACAGAUAGUUAGUUACACUUCAUGCAGGAAACAGAGAAACACCUUUGAUUUUGGUUAAUGUUUAUAUGUAAAACCAAAACAGCCAAAUCCCAAAGGGGAAAGUAGUCAGGGAGGGAUUGACGGGUUCUGUAAUGAAAAAAAUUAUAAGGUAGAUAGUCAUUUUAUGCAAGAGAUACUACACUACAAGGGUGGGUUGGAUGGAGUCUGACUAUAUUCUUUUCAAUUAAUAUGUUUUAUUUUUAAACUUCCUUAUUUUGUCUAAGCUUCAACAUUUAACUAGGCAUUCAUUGUUCACAGCUCUCCACGAAGAUGCCUAUGUCCAAGUUUUUUAAACAUGUGUUUUAUUAUCUGUUUAUUCCUCAUAUGGGUACUGUUUCAUAUUUAUAUUUUGUUCUGUAUCUGAAGUAUACACACGAGUAAAUCUUUUCUUUUUUAAUUUAAAAUGGCACUUUACACUUCCACAGAGGUGAAGAUCAACUCUACAUAUAGUGAGUUUUUUUAUUCUGUAAAACAUAUGCACAUCGUUUGACAUCACUGGUACCUCUCAGCUCACACUUCAGGGUUUCCAUACAGGGAAGUUCUGUCUUGUGCAAUGUUUCUAGUUAAUUUCCUUUCUGAGCCAUUUAUCCUACUAAACUUUGGAAGGUGCAUCAGUUCUGAUUUGUCAUUUUAAUUUUAAAAAUCAGAACUUUCACACGGAACAUGUUCAUUGUUGUUUUAUUUAUUACAUCAUUAUAUUGUAUAAUAUUUAGUGUAAUGUUAUAAGCUAUGAGAAAUGGUGCUAAUUGUAUUAGCCAUUUGUUAUAAAUGCCAGUAAGAUGUUCACCAGGGGUAAGAUUGUACGUUUUCUUUUUAGAAAACCAAGUGUACUUUAUAAGCAAAUGCAACUAUUUACUGGGCGUAUAUGAUUUAAAGGGCUUUUUCGUCCGUGUUAUUUCUUUUGUCUUAUAAGACAAGAUUCUAAUUUAAACUUGUCCUUUCAAACUGUCAGUGUGAAGAUGCUGUGCCACUUGAACAGUCCUCAGGUGUUUGUAUAAAUACCAUGUUUUACAGUUUUUAGAUUUUAAAAUAUAAUAAAGUUUAAUAACCGCAACCAUUAA